AUUUAUUUCCUAGAAUGGUGAAAAUUUCUGCAUUCUGGAUGAGCAGAGGUUUGCUAAGGAGCUACUUCCCAAAUACUUUAAACACAACAAUAUCUCCAGCUUCAUACGUCAGCUUAACAUGUAUGGGUUCAGGAAAGUGAUUGCGCUGGAGAAUGGUAUGAUUACAGUGGAGAAAAAUUCAGUCAUUGAGUUUCAGCACCCUUUCUUCAAGCAAGGAAAGGCACACUUACUGGAAAACAUCAAGCGCAAGUCAGCUGAUGGCAUUAUGUAUGGCAGCAGAGAAAAUAAGGCCCUGUGGAAAGAAGUGGCAGUUCUAAGGCAGAAGCACAGUCAACAACAGAAGCUGCUGUCUAAGAUUCUUCAAUUUAUACUAAGUUUGAUGCGAGGAAAUUAUAUUGUUGGGGUCAAAAGAAAAAGGUCUCUACCAGACGCUGCAGGUGCUUCCCCUUCCAAGUACAGUCGCCAGUACGUUCGCAUUCCUGUGGAGAGUGGCCAAGCAGUGACUUUUUCUGAACAUAAUUUGGAUGGUGGAGAUGGAAAUGGUACAGGUCUUAUCAUUCGAGAUAUCACUGACACUCUGGAUAAUGCUACUGAUGGGCUUCUUGCUCUGGCCCACACAAGUAGCAAAGCCAGAGAGACACAAACAGCUCUGGAUCCUGGCUUACCGAUUUGUCAAGUAUCACAGCUGGUUGAGUCAAACUGUGCAGAACCUAUGCCUCAUAUUCAGAUAAAAGAUGCUAACAAAACCAGUGAAAUAAGAAAUGAUGCUGUGGAGCUUCAUACAGCACAAACUAAUACUCCAGAAGACCCCGUGUCAGUGAUUGACUCCAUACUGAACGAAAACAAUUCUGGAAACCAAAGUGAUCCUUUACUGGACAGAGAAGAAAUCCAGGAUUUUCUAAAUUGCAUUGAUGCAAGCCUUGAAGAGCUCCAAGCAAUGCUAUCUGCAAAGCAGUAUAACCUUGGUUCUGAAGCUUUCAGUGAAACAUUUAAUCCUGAGCUGCCAGCCCUGGAUAUGAAUUUGAUGGAAACUUCCCCUGGUAUGGAAAAUAUUGCAAACCUGGCAGACAGCACUGAAGAUCUGGGAGCAAACGAGAGAGAAACAGCAGGAAACAAAGAUAUGCAGCUGAUACAGUACAAAGCAAAUCCUCUGCUUUCAUUAUUUGAAGAAUUACCCUCAGGCGAAGCUGCAGCGAAAACAGAAGAUGCUAAAGACCUUCUACUGGCCCCCCUGGAGGAGAAACCUGAGGGAGGAUGGAGAGCAGGUAGUGAAACUGUCUUGCCACUAGCAGCUCCAGCAAGCCAGGCUGAGCCUCUUGAUGCUCUGGGAAUGGGUGAUCCACCUCUCCUCUCAGAGGAUGGGAAUGGAGAGUAUAAACUGUUUCCACUCCUGAUGCUCAGUCCUGUUGCUAACUUCAUAGAAGAGGCCUCCGAGAUAGAACCUUCCUGAACUCGUGUAACAUCUAUAACAGGCUGAGCAAUGUAAAAUAGUAACAAAGAUAAAUGGAUCAGCAAGAAGUUUCAUCUUCUCUCUCCUCUCCUGCCUCCUGCGUGUCAUAUUCUGUAUAGACAAAAGAAGGUCCUCUUUCUGCACGCAGAGAGCAAGCCUGGAAAAGCUGAAAUCAAGGUCAAAGCAAGAACUAAUGGGACUGAAGGCACUGGGAGGAGGGAAAAACAAGUUCCCUGUAAACAUUAUUGCAAUGUAUUCCAUAACUGUUUUUAUCUGAUAUUCUUACUGCAACUGCAAGAGGAAAUCUGUUUGUAUGCUGUUUGUAAAGUUUGGCUGUUUUU